AGGCUCCUUGGCUGCGGAGAGUGUGGGUGCGUGGUGUGCGAGGCACCCCUUGGCCGUGUACCCCCUUGUUAUUCUCGGAUCGUUACUUUUUCCCCCCUCGCUAAAUCAUAUAUUAUUGUACAAGUACAACCAGUGGAAAGAAAGCUCGCGACCGUGUUUUAUAACGUAUAGCACUACGUGUAGUUCAGGACAAUAAAAUGGACGAGGCGAGGUACCUCAAGAGAAAAAUCAGAUCCGGAAACCUUGACGUGCACCCAACUGAGAAGGCCCUAGUGGUAAACUAUGACGUUGAAGCCCUUAUACUGGGCGAACUCGGAGAUCCAAUGCUGGGAGACCGCAAAGAGUGCCAGAAAAUAAUUAGGCUCAAGAGCCUCAACGCAGACACGAACGUCAAGCUUUUAGCCAAGGAAGUCAUAGAAAAAUGCUCUCUGAUACACGAGUCAAAAUUACAGGAAGUGGAACAGUUGAUUUACUACCUUCAGAAUCGAAAGGACAACAACGAAGAUGGCGAGAGCAAUGGUCGUUUUCCAAGGCCACUGUCGUCGUACUCCCUGAACGCCGAGAGCCCGGAGAUGGAGCGCGCAGUGAUCAGCAACAUCGACAAGUACAUGGAAUUACUGUACGAGGAGAUACCAGAUAAAAUAAAAGGAUCCUCGAUGAUCUUGCAACUGGCCAGGAUACCGGACAACCUUCAGGAGUUGACCAAAAAUGAGUCCCUGUUUAGCGUGCUGGCCAGAGUCUUGCGAGAAGACUGGAAGAAGAGUAUCGACCUGUCCAUAAACAUCAUCUACGUAUUUUUUUGCUUCUCCACCUACAGUCAGUUCCACGACGUUGUUCUGGAGCACAGGAUCGGCUCGCUCUGCAUGGACAUCAUAGAUUACGAGUUGAACAGGUACGAUCAGUGGCGAGAGGAUUUUGAGAAGCGUCGAAGUCACUUUGAAAGUACCACGGGCUUGUGUCUGCGGUCUGUGGCGAGUCCCGAGGGUUCAGAUAAGAAAUCCAAGGCAGUGAACGACGUGUGCACCACCGACGGGCCGGUCGAUUAUCAGGAAAAGAAGCGGCCUGCCGAUGAAGUUUGCGACUUGUCGAAGGAAGAGAUCGACAACCUUAAGGACGAGCUGGAAAAGAGCCGCAGGAAGUUUAAGAAUCUGACGAAAAAGCAGGAACAGCUGCUCAAAGUUGCUUUUUACUUGCUGCUGAAUAUCGCGGAGAGUCCGGAGGUGGAGAAAAAAAUGCGAAAGAAGAAUCUGACUGGGCUUUUGAUGAAGACCUUGGACAGGACUAACACGGAUCUAUUGAUACUGGUCGUGACUUUUUUGAAGAAACUGACGAUUUGCAAGGAAAACAAAGACAACAUGGCUGAGGGAAACAUCGUAGAAAAGCUACCAAAGCUUCUGCACAGCAGUAAUCCGGACCUCGUCUCUAGUACUUUGAAACUUUUGUACAAUUUGUCCUUUGAUGUAAAGCUUCGAGGGAAAAUGGUAAAAGUCGGCCUAUUGCAAAAAUUUAUCAAGUUUUUGUCACACGACGAUAUCAACAGAACGACGAUUCUUGGAUUGUUGUACCAUCUUAGCAUGGAUGACAAGGUCAAAGCCAUGUUUACGAAUACCGAUUGCAUUCCUACGGUUACAGACUCACUUUUAGAGUCAGACGAUGAACAAAUGGUUCCUGAAUUGAUCGCACUUUGUGUGAAUCUUGCCAUAAACGGCAGAAACGCGGAAUUGAUGAUACAAAACAACCGACUGCGAAACUUGGUUGAAAAAGCAUUCAAAUCUCAAAACGCCUUACUGAUGAAAAUAGUUAGGAACAUAUCGCAGCACGAUUUUGCAAAGGAAAACUUUGUGGAAUUCGUGGGUGAUUUUGCAAUGGCUGUGACGCAAUCCGAGUGCAAGGACUUUGUCGUGGAGGUCGUUGGCGUCAUGGGAAACUUGUCCUUGCCAGAUUUGGAUUACUCCCAAAUUCUCCAGAGAUGCAAUCUAAUUCCGUGGAUUCGCAAUACCCUUGUUCCGGGCAAGGCUCCUGACGACUUGGUGCUCGAAGCUGUGAUAUUUUUAGGUACGGCAGCUGCAGACGAAGACUGCGCUCAAUUGAUGUGCAAGGCAGACAUGCUCUUACCGCUGAUCGAACUGUUAAAAGCGAAACAAGAGGACGACGAAAUGGUUUUACAAAUAAUUUACCUUUUUUACCAAAUAUCCAAGCACGAGUCCACGAGGCAUUAUCUGAUCAGCGAAACUGCCAAUGAGGCACCGGCUUAUUUGAUCGAUCUGAUGCACGACAAGAACCCAGCAAUACGAAAAAUUUGCGACGCGUGCUUGGAUGUGAUUGCUCUUUGUGACAAAGAUUGGGCAGCCAGGAUAAAAUUCGAAAAAUUCCGAUCUCACAAUCAGCAGUGGCUGGGAAUGGUAGAGUCGAUAAACAUCGACUCGAUCGCCGGUAGUUUGCCACCAGCCGAGGAAGAAGGCAUGGACGAUGAGGAUAGCUUGGUGCCAUUUUCCGAAUCGGAGCUUUUGCAACACACGAUGCUGUUCCCUUCGUCGUCGUCAGGUUCUCACGCGAGGUUUACUCUUGAUGAGGAAGAGCUGGCAGCUAAAGGUGCUUUCGACAAUACUGCGGGAAGUUCGAGUCGGCCCCUUAGUCGGUACAGCAGAGAUUUGGACGAGAUAACUGAACUCAUGGCAUCGACAAAGUCACGCCUGUCCAUGGGUUCGGGUAUAGAAGACUUGUAUCACAGUUCGAAGCUUAAAUUAGACACAGACACCUCGCACUUGGUCAUGUGAACAAGACUCGCCACUUACGCAUCGAUCCUGAACAAAAGACUCGAACUAGUAGCGUUCGCACGCUAUACGCGCUUUAUCUGUCUGUGACGUUUUUUUUUUUUUUUUUUUAAUUUGUCAAAAGAAGCUUCGUUGGUCGAUUUUUAUCACCAAGCUCACGCUCAACGGUUAGAGAAAAGUAUAGGAUGAACGAAGUAAUCUUAAGAAGCCGCCACGUUCCAGCACUCUUUAGUCGUUAAUUUUUUUAUGACACGCGUAUUUAUCGUCUAGGUGCGUUUUUUUUUUUUUUUUUUUUUUUUACCUUGUAAGAUUCUAUGCUUUGACCAGCAGUAUUCGUGCAAUGCGUUUUAUCGUAAAACAAAAAAAAGUAGCAAUCUAAAACUCGAAAAAUAAUAUAAAUUUUGUAAGAUAAUUGCGAUUUGUUUGUAAUUAUAUUGUUAAAUGAAGCUAAGUUGAAAGGUGACUUGAAAAAUGAAUGCAUCGCUUUGGAG